UUUGAUUUACCGUAUGUUCUGUUUGUAAAUAUAUUUACUUGUAUAGUCUAUUUUCUAACUGCAUCCGUUUUAUUUGAUCUUGUUAUUCCUGUGAUGGGUUCUAUUUUGUUUGUGAUCCCUAGUUUGAUAUCAAAUAAGUAUAAUAAGUAGAUCCUCUGAACAUUGCACGAUUUUGUUACUAUUUCAAGCAUUCAGAUGAUUCUUUUUCACGUGGAAUGUGCUUUAAAACAACUCUUGGUUUAUUUGACACCUUCUCUUUGCAUUUCUUAUAAAGGGCUUAUGGAACCAUUAAUAAACUUUAUACUAACGAGUUUCUCUUCUCUCCCGCUCUCUCUUGAACACUCGCUGCUCCGUUCGCAUGACCCGGGAUAUGAUUAACAAUCGCCACUGUGCCACUUUUUGACACGUUCUGCCUUUGAUUGCUUUAAUUUGCUUUCUUGGUUCGUUUUUCAUUUGUUUGUCUCCGCAUACACUCACACACACGUACACUUACAUGCACACCACCACGCGCUUCCUUUGUCAGGCUAGUUUGAUGACGUCGACGGCAGCUUCGACGACAAUCAUCCAAACCACAACAACAACAGCAGCAACAACUCUAGCGGAUUCAUCGGGCACAGCAGUAUCAGCAACAUUAGCAGUGGAAACGGGAAUGGGAACAUCAAGUGCAACAAUAACACAGCAGCAGCCGCAGGGACCAGCGCCACAUAGUAGCGACAACUGCAGCUCCAGCUCCACUAGCAGCAGCUCCAUUGCGGGAGCCGCCUCUGACCUCUCCACUGGGUACAUGGUGAAGCCGAGCAGCCAAGAGGGCCUCAAACUGACCAUCAAUAAAACGGGCAGCGGAAAGAGAGAGAGCAAGGGGGUACCAACCGGCUCCUCGUCGUCGUCGUCCUCGACUAGCAGCAAGAAGCAGCACACGGGAUUGAAGCCAGGCGUUAACAGCGGACCGGCUUCAAAGAAGGCGCUUUCAUCAGCUUCAGGCACAGGGUCAAGCAGUUCCAGCAAACACCUUUUCCAAAAGGCCAAUUCUUCCGGCAAUCUAAGUAGCAAACUAGGCGGCUCCUCCACUUCAGGCGGUGGCUUGCCGUUGACCAAGAGCAAUAGCACCAACUCCUUCCAGGAACAAAGUGUACCCAAGCGCCGACCCAGCAUGUGCAGCCCGGGUAACACUAGUGGAGGCGGAGUGCAGCGCAAGUCAUCGCUAACGGCAUCUGGAUCGGCGUCUGGCUCAGGACCAGGAUUGGGGGCAGGAAGAAUGUCACCAGCAGCGUUGACCGGGUCGAUGUCACAGCCGCCACCGCGCUUCGAUCAUCACACGGACAUGAUGACCAUUCUACAAUACGCUUCGCCCACUAUGGCAGCCAGUAUGGAGGGCUUCAUCAAGGGAAUGCAAAACAAGUUUCAGAUACCCAAAUUGUCUCAGCGACCUAGUGGCAACAGCGGCGUAGCUGGACACACUGCUAGCCCAUCAGAGCAGCCGUCAGCAACAGCAUCUUCCUCCUCAUCCGCAUCGAUAUCUAUAACCUCAUCGCAGGAGCAACAACAGCUUAAUGCAGACUUGAGUGCUCUGGCAUCCAGCCUAACAGCUACGCCCAGUAGCAGCAGUGGAGCGCAGAAUCCAUCGACACCUCAUUCCCCAGCUACAAGCGAUAUGCUACUCAACUUAAGCAGCAGUGAGGCAGUUGGUGCAGGUGCUGAUGGCAUCGACGAGGAGCUGCUCGCCAGCUUGGCAGGCGAAUGACAUUUCGAACUGCACCCGCCACUCUCAGCAAUCCCAACUUAGUUCAAUUGAUGUGUUAAAGGCCUUCGGCUAAACAAUGACGAGAAGCUGUUCGUUAAUAGUGUAAGGUGUAAAUAUUAAAUGGGUUUAUAAAGCUGCUGCCUUAACUGAAAGAAAUUCUGUAUUAAUUUAAAUAUAUUACAU